CUAAGCUAUAGUAGUAUAAUCCAAGAUGGCGUCGUCGAUGGAAGUUCAGCCAACUACUUCGAAAGAAUCAGAGACUGUUUUGGCGAGUUCUGGUUCGAGUGGAAGCGUAUCAGUGGCUCUUCAUCCCUUAGUAAUUAUGAAUAUAUCUGAACACUACACCAGAAUAAAAGCACAGUAUGGAGAGCCCAACCCACAAGUAAUUGGAGCACUACUAGGAACCCAGGAUGGCCGUAAGAUUGAAAUUUUCAACUCCUUUGAACUUCAGUUCGAUGUGUUUGAUGACGGACAACUUGUGAUAAAUAUAGAAUACUAUCGCAAAAAAGAGGAACAGUUUCACCAGGUGUUUAAGAAUUUGGAUUUCCUUGGAUGGUACACCACAGGAUCAAGUCCCACUGAGAAUGAUAUCAGGGUACACAAACAGAUAUGCGAGAUAAAUGAAAGUCCGCUAUUCCUGAAACUCAAUCCACUUGCCAAGACCAAUGAUUUACCAAUCAGCUUGUUUGAAUCUGUGAUUGAUAUUGUGGAAGGAGCCACACGUAUGUUGUUUGUGGAAACUCCCUACACCUUAGCUACAGAAGAAGCUGAGAGAAUUGGAGUGGAUCAUGUGGCCAGACUAUCAAAUACUGGUACAGUUGACAGCUCAACAGUGUCAGAACAUCUUCUAGCUCAGUACAAUGCAAUCAAGAUGUUACACUCCAGGGUCAAGAUGAUUUUAGAGUAUGCUAAAGCAGUGAAAAAUGGUGAAACACCAUGUAAUCAUGAUAUAAUGCGUGAUGCUUUGAGUCUGAUCCAAAGACUUCCUGUCAUGAAGACUGGUUUGUUCAGAGAAGAUUUUUAUAAUCAAUGUAACGAUAUUAUGUUGAUGUGUUAUCUGUCUACAAUAACAAAAGGAGCCAACAGUCUUAAUGAGUUCAUUAACAAGUUCAAUGUGGUUUAUGACCGUGGAAUGGGAAGACGAAUGAGAGGAACACUAUUUUAGGGUCUGAAAUACGAGAAUUUGAAACGCAGUAUUGUUCACGAAGAAAGUGUUCUUGGAAACUGAAAUAAAACGUUUGUGGUUUGCAAUGUGAUAAAAAAAGGACAAAACAAUAAAAACAGAGGUUAGCUGUAUAAAAAAGUUAUGGCAACACAUGCAUUAGGCUAGCCCCAGUGCAAGAUUCUUUAAGACUUUCAAAUAUGCAAUUUUUGCGUACAUGUAUGAUCAGUAAUUUGUUAAUUUCUCCACAAGUUACAAAUUGCAACAAGUCUGUCGAUAUGCAUCAAUAACUUGUCUUGUAAAUAUGGUUAAUUAAUUUGUGAAAAUAAAUGAUUUUAAUCUAC